CAUGACAUUGGACUCAUGACCUCUGACCUGUCGGUGCCAACCCUCGGAGCGCGCAUGCGCGGCUCUCAGUCUAGCAACAUGAUUGGCAGCCUGUUGUUUUACGCACUCUACCCUUUGUCCCGGUACCUGACCGCCGGUCGACGCUCAGAGGCCUCAAAGAAGGGUCUCCCUCCUGCAGUGGUUAAUGGCACGGCUGUGUGGGAUGGUGGUGCCGUCACAACCAGGAGGUUCAGCCAGUCCCAGACAACCCUGCUGGACCAGUGGCUCAGCCCAGGCGGCGCAACGGAGGGAGAAGCGAAAGAAAGGAUGAAAGAGCAAAGCUCCGAAAAGGAGGAUACGGGAAUAGGCACAGGUGAAGAGCAGCCGGGGGCAGCGCUGCAUCAAGGGACGGAGAGUGAUCCUGUAAAGUUGAGGGAGAUGCAACAAGACAAAAUGGAAGAUGCCAACGAAGAGGAGGACAACUGUGAGGUGCUGCAUCAGAAGCAAAACACAGAAGAUGUAACUAUUUCUCCAACUGUGGAUGUCAGCCCAGAGGAAGCCCUCGGGGAACAGUUAAAGUGCCUGCAAACAGAUGACGGCCCAGAGGAAAGUGCCUGUCCCUUACAGAGACAAAUACAGAUGCACACCUUGGACGAGUCGGUUAUUCCAGCCGUGGACGACAUAAAGAAAAACACCCGUCACGUACAAACUCCCCUACGUGUGGAAGAGUCUGUGACUCCGUCCGACACUGUCAAUCAAAUGCCAGAGUGCUGGGAUGAAUACUGCAUCCCUCCCACCGCUAAUGAAAUGCAUGAUGGGGCAAGUAGUCCUCAGCUGAUGUUUGUUUCUCCACUCGCUAACACUCAAACCCACCUCAGACUCAGCGACCAACACGAUGAGCAAGUCGGCUGGCACUUCCCUGCAGGACCCGGCUUGGCGGAGGAAGUACAGUGCCUGCUGUGGCAAUUUCCUGCCGCCAGCUAUUACCCUCCGACAGAGCCGACGGAGCCCUUUGAAGUAAUGUGGAGAGUAUGGCAGGAGGUGGAUGAGAGUGCACCUGUAGCAGAGCCCGCCCUGAUCCCCUUCCCAUACGCAAAGGCCUCAAUGGACUUCACUGUCAUGUCCUACAACAUCCUCGCCCAGGAUUUGCUGGAGGCCAACCAGGAGCUGUACGUACACUGCCCUCUAGAGGUGCUGGACUGGAGCUUCCGCUGCAACCUACUCUUCGAGGAAAUAAUGAAAUGGGCGCCAGAUAUUCUGUGUCUCCAAGAGGUUCAGGAAAACCACUACCACGAACAGCUGUAUCCGGUCUUGUGUCAGAUGGGCUACACCUGUGUGUACAAGCGGCGUACAGGCACCAAGACAGACGGCUGUGCAAUUUGCUAUCGAAGCGGCUGCUUCUCUGAGGUAUCUGUGUCCCCGCUGGAGUUCUACAGGCCCGACUCUGAGCUGCUCAACCGGCACAACGUGGGCAUCGUUUUGCUGCUCCGGCCCGUGGUCACCCAUGGGUCUGAAACCCAUGCGAGGGGCCCACUCCUCUGCGUGGCCAACACCCACCUGCUCUUCAACCCGAGGAGAGGUGAAGUGAAGCUGGCUCAGUUGGCCAUGAUGCUGGCGGAGAUCGACAGCGUGGUCAAGUCUUGUAAGGCCAAAGGUGAACGCUGUAACGUUGUGUUCUGCGGAGACUUUAACUCCGUCCCACACAUGCCUCUGUACCAGCUGAUCACCACCGGCGAGCUCCACUUCCAGGGUCUACCAGCGUGGAUGAUUUCAGGUCAAGAGGACCUGUCCUACAAAACCCAUUGUUUCAGACUGUUUGCUCCCCUGUGGUCCAGCAGUCUGGGAAUCACUGACAACUGCCAGUACAGGACUGUCAACGACAUGUUUGAGAGCCGGAGUCAGAAAUCAGGGAAAUGUCAGUACCGCCACGACUUUAUGCUCGGGCUGCGCUAUUGUCCAGAUGCAUGUGUACGUCCUGUGGACCUGAUGCUGAUCCCAGGCGUGACAGACAACUCGCCAGAGGCUUCCUGGGGAAAUCAGUCUUGUGAUAAAAGUUUCAGACACACUCUCAGUCAUCGCUUACACCUAGAGUCGGUCUAUAAGCACAUUUUUCCAGGCUCUGGCACCUCAGAAGUUACGACCCUGCACUCUGCAGCGGGAGCCACUGUCGACUACAUCUUCUACUCCCCAAGACGCAGCUCACCCUCCGAUCAGAGAGCUGACGGCGACUAUGCGAGCGAGGGGCUGAAGUUGAUUGGUAGUCUUGCUCUACUGUCAGAGGACGUCUUGUGGUCACUGAGUGGCCUUCCCAGUCACAUGUUCCCCUCUGACCACCUCAGUCUUGUGGCCAGAUUCCAGGUGGACCUGACUGCUGCAUGAUAGCAAAGACUGCAGAUGAACUCAGUGGGAUAUGUUCAGAGGAUAAGCAUAUUUCCAUUGAAACGAUUCAGGUCUUGCUGUGUACAUGUUUAGUUUUUGCUUUUUUUAUUGGUAUGAAUACAAUUUCUUGUGGUUCAGUCCUGGCAACUGAAUUGAAGUUUUUUUGUUGUUGUUAUUUUGAAAAAAGGCCAGGAAGAAUAAUGACUGCCAGUAUUCUUUGUCUUUCCACUUGCGUUUCAUCAGAUAAAUGAUGAGAUAUGAGUGAGAUAUGACGAAUCUUACUGGUGAUGAUGUAAUAGUUCAUUUGAAAAUGAAGGUAGUGAUUGCUUUCUCGGUGUGAUAAUACACUGACCUAUUCAUUUUUGCUGAUAACUGCUCUUACAUAUUAUUUAUUUUAAACCUAAUUUUGAGUCGGUUCUAUUUUUGCAGAUUGUGAAAAAAAAAGAAUAAAUAUUUUCCAUUAA